AUGUUAUACAAAACCAGUACCUACAAAAAGUUGACUUCGCAUGGACAUUUCUGGAAAGGUUGUUCCGAACAAGAAGACAAUGAGGAUGAGGCUGAAAGCAGUUCCAACGCUCUAGCUACGGGAAGCGAGGCUCUUGGUAAUUCUCGAACCGACGUGACAGGAUUUUCUUUGGAAUCAUCUGUAGAGGGUGCAGAUUCGCGAACUUCGAAAUGCUUGUCCAAGGGGGGGCAGUCCGAAGGAUUCGCAACUGCCACUGCUCCUGGCUCUGCCGGUUCUCCAACUAGUACGGAGUCAAAUUUUGUAAAUACAGUCAGUAGUGAGAAAAAUUUGGACAAUCUCCCCUACCUUGGAAUUAAAACACCCAAUGAUGAAGCUGUUCGGAAGGUGAGUGACUGA